AUGGAACUACUAAUAGGCGGAUACUCGUACGGGUCGCUGAUUGCCAGUCUGACACCUCCAGUCUUGGAUAUACUGAAACUACUGGAGGCGCCGCCUCCUUGUACGCCCGCGUUCGCUAAAGCGCUUCUCACGGCGAAAGAGAGUGCGCGCAAGUGGCUGGAUACACAUUCCAACACCCGAACCUCUUACAGCGGAACUUUCAACCGCGCCGCCGUUCACGCCGCUAUCCAGCGGGAGGAGAAUAGAAAACUGGAAUGCGAACAAGUGCAUCAUGGCAUCGACAAGAAGUGGAAAGUCACUGCUCGAUAUCUACUCGUGUCUCCCUUACUCCCGCCCAUAAGUAGUCUUAUGAUGGGUUUCCCGGGGGUGAAGGCCUGGAGCCUCGGUCGCGGAAGUGUGGACGAGGGGGAGAAGGGUAUCGAGGCUGUGGAUGCUAGAGUGUUGGCGGUUUACGGAGAUGGGGAUACAUUCACGGGCGUUCGGAAGUACAGGAAGUGGAGGGAGAAGAUGGAGGGCGAGAGGUGGAAGGGUGUGGAGGUGGGGGGUGCAGGACACUUUUGGCGCGAGGAGGGUGUUAUGGGGGUUUUGGUUGGUGAGGUGGAGGAGUGGGUGAGGGGGUAG